CUGAGCCUUCGCUGCCCCAGUCGGUGGGCGAGCUGAGGGGAUCCCACGGCCACCCGCGCGGGGCCGACUGGGCAGCCGCCAGCCGCUGGCAGGAAGUGUGGGUCACCGAGGGACCAGCUACUGGAGCCACCCAGAGAGGUGUCGCAGCUGUAGCUUCCCAACCUCAAACUUGUGUUGUGAAAUCUGAGACUUUGACCCAGAUAAUAUGAUAGGAUCUUCCUGUGAUUUGGGGACAUAUCCUACUUAGAUGAUCACAGGACUCCCAGACUUACUGAGAACUUGGUACUGUACACACACGUCUUGCUUGCUUGGCAUAGGUGACCAUGCCAUCUCUGCCUCAAGAAGGGGUUCUUCCGGGGUCCUCCCCCUUGGAUCUGAGUACAGAGUUGCCGUAUCAAUGCGCAAUGAAAAGGAAAGUCAGAAAAAAGAAAAAGAAGGGAGUGAUCACUGCGAAUGUUUCUGGGACAAAGUUUGAAAUUGUUCGUUUAGUAAUCGAUGAGAUGGGAUUUAUGAAAACUCCAGAUGAAGAUGAGACGAGCAACCUUAUCUGGUGUGACGCUGCCGUUCAGCAGGAGAAGAUAACUGAACUGCAGAACUACCAGAGAAUCAACCAUUUUCCAGGAAUGGGGGAGAUCUGUAGGAAGGAUUUCUUAGCAAGAAAUAUGACGAAAAUGAUGAGGUCUCGGCCUCUGGAUUAUACAUUUGUUCCUCGAACAUGGAUUUUCCCUUCUGAGUAUACUCAAUUCCAAAACUAUGUGAAAGAAUUGAAGAAAAAACGGAAGCAGAAAACUUUUAUAAUAAAACCAGCUAAUGGUGCAAUGGGUCAUGGGAUUUCAUUGAUAAGAAAUGGGGAUAAAAUUCCAUCUCAGGAUCAUUUGAUAGUUCAAGAAUACAUUGAAAAGCCUUUCCUAAUGGAAGGCUACAAGUUUGAUUUACGGAUUUAUAUUUUGGUUACAUCCUGUGAUCCGUUAAAGAUAUUUCUCUACCAUGAUGGGCUUGUGCGAAUGGGGACAGAGAAGUACAUCCCACCAAAUGAGUCCAACUUGACCCAGUUAUAUAUGCAUCUGGACCAACUACUCCGUGAAUCAAACAUAAUGAACGGUUUUGAACUCAAAUGAACCGAAGACAAAGGCAGCAAGCGUUCCAUCAAGUGGUUCACAGAAUUUCUACAAGCCAAUCAACACGAUGUUGCUAAGUUCUGGAGUGAUAUUUCAGAGUUGGUGGUAAAGACUCUGAUUGUAGCAGAGCCGCAUGUCCUGCAUGCGUAUCGGAUGUGUAGACCUGGUCAGCCCCCAGGAAGCCAAAGUGUCUGCUUUGAAGUCCUGGGGUUCGACAUCUUGCUGGAUAGAAAGCUAAAGCCGUGGCUUCUGGAGAUUAAUCGAGCCCCAAGCUUUGGAACUGAUCAGAAAAUAGAUUAUGAUGUCAAAAAAGGAGUCCUGCUGAAUGCGCUGAAGCUGCUGAACAUCAGGACCAGUGAUAAAAGGAGAAACUUGGCCAAACAAAAAGCUGAGGCUCAAAGGAGGCUGUAUGGUCAAAAUCCAAUAAGAAGGCUUUCGCCGGGCUCCUCCGACUGGGAGCAGCAGAGGCACCAGCUGGAGAGGCGGAAAGAAGAGUUGAAAGAGAGACUCGUUCAAGUACGAAAGCAGGUUUCGCGGGAAGAACAUGAAAACAGACACAUGGGGAACUACAGGUAACUGCUGACAUAUGGGGAAAUGUACACAGGUAACGGCUGCGAUGUUCUCACUGAGGCCG